AUGUCCAACGGCAGCUCCAUCACCCACUUCCUCCUCCUGGCAUUCGCAGACACGCGGGAGCUGCAGCUCUUGCACUUCUGGCUCUUCCUGGGCAUCUACCUGGCUGCCCUCCUGGGCAAUGGCCUCAUCAUCACUGCCGUAGCCUGUGACCACCGCCUCCACACCCCCAUGUACUUCUUCCUCCUCAACCACGCCCUCCUGGACCUGGGCUGCAUCUCCACCAUUCUGCCCAAAGCCAUGGCCAACUCCCUCUGGCACACCAGGGCCAGCUCCUUCUCGGGAUGUGUUUCCCAGGUCUUUUUCUUUGCCUUCUUGAUGUCAGCAGAGUUUUAUCUUCUGACAGUCAUGGCCUACGACCGGUAUGUUGCCAUCUGCAAACCCCUGCACUAUGGGUCCCUCCUGGGCAGCAGAGCUUGUGUCCACAUGGCAGCAGCUGCCUGGGGCAGUGGCUUACUCCAUGCUCUCCUGCACACUGCCAAUACAUUUUCAAUACCUCUCUGCCAAGGCAAUGGCCUAGACCAGUUCUUCUGUGAAAUCCCCCAGAUCCUCAAGCUCUCCUGCUCACAAUCAGACUACCUCGGGGAAGUUGGGCUUAUUGUGUUUGGUGCCUUUUUUUCUUUUGCGUGUUUUGUUUUCAUUGUGGUGUCCUACGUGCAGAUCUUCAGGGCCAUGCUGAGUAUCCCCUCUGGGGAGGGACGGCACAAAGCCUUUUCCACGUGCCUCCCUCACCUGGCCGUGGUCUCUCUCUUUAUCAAUUUUGGCAUGUUUGCCUACCUGAAGCCCACCUCCAUCUCCUCCACAGAUCUAGACUUAGUGGUGUCAAUUCUGUACUCGGUGUUGCCUCCAGCAGUGAAACCCCUCAUCUACAGCAUGAGGAAGCAGGAGCUCAGGGAUGCCCUGACUAAACUGUUGCAAUAUACUCUAUUUCACCCUCAAUGA